CUCUCUGGAGAUAUUUUCUCAAGGACUUUAUCCCGUCUUCUUUCUGCUUCCCCCUCUCUCUCUCCAUUUCUCCCCUCCGCUCGCGGCCGCAACAUGCGCGUGCUAGCAACGGCGGCGGCAAUUCCUUGUUGCGCGCAAUUCCAUGGCUAUUCCCAGGAGCCAAUCCACAGUCUCGGUUUGUGGUGGCGGAGGAGGUGUUCUCCCGGCGCUCGCGUGCCCUCGAGCAGCCGUCCUACUCGGUUUCACGUCUCUCUUAGCCAGAGACCGCAGGACCAUUGUGUUGCAGAAUGUGGGUGGACGGGACACGGAUGAGAUGUUCGACGAUUUGUUAAAGAAGUAUGGCAAGGUGGUGUAUAGAGGUGGUGAUCGGAAGCGCCCCAGUGCAGAGGCAGAUGAUGAUGCCGAGAGCUUAUCCUUUGCUGUUACAUUAGCUAAAGUUGCUAAUGAGGUAAAGGCUGCUGAUAUUCGUGUUCUCUUCGUGAAGCCUCUGGUUUAUUGGACCCGGUUUUUUAUCAUUGUCACAGCUUUCUCCCGCCCUCAAAUUGAUGCUAUUGGGUCAAAAAUAAGAGACAUAGCUGAGCAGCAGUUUAACAAAGUUGCGUCUGGAGAUACCAAACCCAAUUCAUGGACCUUACUGGACUUCGGUGAUGUAGUUGUCCAUAUAUUUCUUCCACAACAACGAGCCUUUUACAACUUGGAAGAGUUUUAUGGCAAUGCCACGCCCAUUGAACUGCCUUUUGAUAAUCAAUCCCCAUUUCGUAGCUGAGACAAUCUGAAUACUUCCAACGGCAUGAAGCUUCUGAUGAAAGGCAGUUAUCCUUGUGCCAGACAAGUCCUUCCUUUUGUUGGCCACUUGGGUACCUUCUAAAUCAUCUAAUAGGCAGUGGUAGCCUCCUAAUGCUUGAAGUUCCCAGGCAAAUAAGGCUUGCUUUUGCUGCUAUUUUCUGUCGAGUGGUUUUUUAAGAACAACUUAUGUUAACUUUGAAGAGAGAAAGCAGGAUAGUGCCUUUGGUUGCAUAAAUUGAUGAUGAAGCAUCUUUGAUUACAUAGCCACUGUACCUGCGUUGGAUGCUUUUGGUGAAAGGAAGGAAACAAAAUUGUAUUUUAAUUAUUUAGCUUAUUAUUGUCUCAUCUGUAUCUUAGAUUGUAUUCAUAUUAAAAUAUGAUGCUUUCGAUCCAAUUGGGGAGAAAAAAGAAA